AUGCAGCAACCACUCGGUCCAGUCCUCGUCAAGCUCAAGGCCACGUCGCUGCGGGAAUGGUGCGACCAUGCCGUGCAAGCCAUUGUGCUUCUACUGGGCAUUGGCAUACUCGUCCUCGUCUCAGUCGACGCGACCGUCAACAACUGGGCGGUCAACGACUUUGUCGGGAACGGCCACGCCUUUGUGUCACCACUCGGUCGCGUCGACAAUGCACGGCAGCUCGAGAGCGAGUACAGCUUUGCGCUGCACCAUAGCAUUUCGGACCUCUCGCGUAUCGCCAGCUGGAUGCUCAAUUUCACCGUGACGAGCAUGGUGUCACGUAGCCCGGAAAUGUACUUGCUCUCAGGCGGCACGUAA